AUGAUUCGUUUCAUUCUAAUUCAGAAUCGUGCUGGCAAAACUAGACUUGCAAAAUGGUAUAUGCAUUUCGAUGACGAUGAAAAACAGAAACUUAUUGAAGAAGUGCAUGCUGUUGUAACAGUCCGUGAUGCUAAGCAUACAAAUUUUGUUGAGUUCCGUAAUUUCAAAAUUGUCUAUAGACGGUAUGCUGGAUUAUAUUUUUGCUUUUGUGUUGACAUCACCGAUAACAAUUUGUACUAUCUUGAAGCUAUUCACAACUUUGUUGAAGUACUUAAUGAGUAUUUUCACAAUGUUUGUGAACUCGAUCUUGUUUUCAAUUUUUAUAAAGUUUAUGCAGUUGUCGAUGAAAUGUUUCUUGCUGGAGAAAUAAGGGAAACAUCACAAACAAAAGUUUUGAAACAAUUGCUGAUGCUAACUACUUUAGAAUAA